GGUGAGGGCGUGGUCUGUUGGCGUGUGGGGGCGGGGUCAGGGCGGUGCCUGCUGAGAGCAGCUCCCGGGCCGGAACCUUUGUGUCGGGCUCGGUUCCGCCCGGAGUCGGGGACAAGAUGGCGGUGGCAGUAACGCGGGGGAGCGGGGACUGGUUUUAAAAUCGGGAAAAGGUGUUGAAGUGAACUUCAGCAUCGCCCUGCGCGGGAACAGAGACAGAACGAUAUUUAUAUUUGUUUAUAAAUCAAUCCGAGCUCAGACACAGGCCUCCCCAAACCUGCUGGAGAGAUGCACUUGACCACCGCCCUGUGGAUCAGUCAUGGGAAGGUUUACCGACGGAUGGGGCUCGGCCCUAGGUCCCGUCUCGACAUGUUACGGAACCUAGUUACUGCAUUAGUCCGACACGAGAGGAUUGAAACCACUCUGGCACGUGCUGAUGAGAUGAAACCUUAUGCGGAGAAGCUCGUGGACUAUGCCAAGCGUGGCGACACAGACGAGAAGGCCAUGAAAAUAGCUGACUUCUGGCUGACGGAGAAGGAUCUCAUCCCGAAACUCUUCAAGGUCCUAGCUCCACGAUUCCAGGAAUACCGAGGGAGUUGCGUGCGGAUGGCACAGAUUCCGACUCGGGAGAACCUGGACAGGGCCAAGAUGGCCGUCAUCGAGUACAAGCACAAUCCCCUGCCGCCCCUCCCCACCCGGCGCACAGGAGCCAACGAGAAGACCCUGGUCAACCAGCUGCUGAAGGGCUACAGGGAAGAAGCAGCUCAGAGGGCCGCUGCGGCUGCUGGCGAGUCUCAGGCUUCUAGUGCGGCCUAGCCUGGAGCUUGAGUUCCCAGUGAGAAAACAGACGGAGUGCUGAGGUGGGACUGUGCCCCUUCCUGCCCACCGCCCCCCCCACUCCCACAAACGCGUCCGGGAUUCUGUUUCCCGGGAAUCGCUGGCGCCCUCCAGACUGAAGCUGUGCCUCGCGUAUGUCCCUUUGGGGUUCACCUAUGUAAACUCUACCUGAUAUUAAACCUGCAAUGUGUGACUUUAA